AUGUCCAAAGCCCUGAAGGAUGUUGUGCGCCCCUUGGGGGCAGAGGAGCCCAGCAUGGCGCGGGCGGUGGUCCGCAGUCUGGGGGGCUUCAGCCUGGGCUUGUCCUUGGCCACAGCCUAUGGGCUCCUGGGGCUGCUGGUGGAAGGGCACAGCCCCUGGGGCUGCCUGGUGGGCACGCUGACUUUGGCCGCCUUCCUCGGCCUGGGCAUGGGGUUCUCUCGCCAGGUCCGGGUCACUGUCCUCCUGCUGCUGCCCCAGGCCUUCUCCCGGCAGGGCCGGGCACUGCUGUUGGUGGCUGCUUUUGGGUUGGUGCUGCAAGGGCCUUGUGCCAACACCCUGCGUAACUUCACCCAAGCCAGCGAGGCCGUGGCCUGUGGGGCAGAGCUGGCCCUGAACCAGACUGCCGAAAUGCUGGAGCGAGCUAAACAGCCCCUUGUCAGUGCCCUGAAUAAGAUUAAAGCCAUUGCGCAAAAGGCCAAAGAGGUGGCUGACCAGGUUCGCAAGUUCUUUCGGUCAAUCAUGGAUGGCGUGAAGCACGUAGCCAGGGCGCUGCGCAAUGUGUGGUACUGGCUCCUGCACAUCGGCGACGUAUGCAACUCAGAGCUGGGCAACCCUUACUUGAAGUGUGCACGGGUCUUCGAUGAUGCCAAGGACAGCUGCAUGAAGGCCAUACCGCAAGCCUACCACCUGUGUUACGUGCUCAUGCCCUUCAAACUGGGGCUCUGUGGACUUGCCAGUGUGGUCCAGGUGUUCUGCAUCAUCCCCAAGUACGUUCAACCCUUCUUGCGCAAGACCAUAGGCACCCCUGUGCAGAAGUUGAUUAACCGGGUGCGUCAAGAAUUUGAGUUCAACAUGACAGCCACCCACUACUUCUCUGUGGAUCUCAAUGCCUCUCGGAGCCUGUCCCAGGUUGCUCUGGACCUGCAGGAAGCUGUCAGCAUGAAGCUGUACCAUGUCCGAGAGGCCCUGGCUCUGAUGGGCUACACCACGCCUCUGCUGUUUGUGCUUCUCUACCUCCAAGCCCUGUUUUACCGGUACUGUUACCUGAACUGGGACAGUUAUGACAACAUCUAUAUCACCAGUCGAUUCCUGCGCAUGGAGUCUGUCCGCUCCAUGGCGGGACUGCCCACGGUGCUGCCGCUCAGUGCCCAUGAGGCCAGACACUAUAUCCAGCCAGGUUCCAUCUUCAUGUCCCAGUGGGAGAAGAUUUUUUACGUCCUGGCAAUCUUCCACCUUGUUCGGCACCUCCUUCUCGUGCUGCUCCUGAUUUUCCUGGACUAUGCCGUCUUCUGGGUGCUGGACCUGGCCCGGCACCAGCUGCAGGGGGAGAUCGUGGCCCGCAGCCCUGUGUUAGUGUCCAUCACUGUGGAAGGCAACGGUUAUGCUGGGAAGAUUUAUCGUGACCUGGUAUCGGCAUUCGAUGUCCUGCAGCAAGGCAACAUCACAAUCUUGUCCCGGCGCUGUCUCCUGCGUCCCUCGGAGCCCAACACCACUGGUUAUGUAGUCAUUGGCAUCAUGUAUGGCCUAUGUUUCUUCAUCACCCUGUUUGGAAACUAUGUUGGUCGGCUGCGGCGGGUCAUCUGUGCUUCCUACUAUCCAUCCCGGGAGCAGGAGAGGAUCUCCUACCUCUACAACGUACUUCUGAGCCGCCGAACCAACCUGUUGGCCAACCUGCACAGAGCAGUGAGGCGGCGGGCAGCCGACCAGGGCCAUGUGAGCGUCCUCCAGGUCCUGGCCAGACGGUGCUUCUGUCUGGCUCCAUUUAUGAACCACUUUUGGCAGCACCAGGCCUACUGCCUGGGCUGUGGGCAGCCCCAGGACGAGGCGGGCACAGAGAACUUUGUGUCCUGCAGUACCCCUGCCUGCCGAGGUCUCUUCUGCCUCACUUGCUUCCGCCUCCUGGACAACACCUGCUCCGUGUGUGCAUCUCCCCUGUCCUACCAGGGAGAACUGGACCUGGAGCUGGACUCCAGUGACGAGGAAGGCCCCCGGCUGUGGCUGGCUGCAGCUCGAAGAAAGGGCCCCGCGCAGGAGGGGUUACUGCGGCAACGGCUCCAAGAAGCGCUGGGCAAGACCCUCUCAUCAGAGUCCAGCUCUGAGUUCAGUGACCUGGACGAAGAAAGGGGUCCUUGGCAGAGGAAGCACAGACCAUAG